AUUUCAGAAUGUCAUAUUACACAAAUACAUCAAAAAGAGCACAUAAAUCCAAAGUCUUAAUGGCUUUCAUAUAAGUGGAAUGUCUAAUAGCUUUAAUAUAUUGUUUGACCUCAUUUUCAAAGAUGGAAGGGAGGGGUUUUUGAUUAGUGUAUUGACAUUUGUGGAUAUGCCAUUUGGCUAAUAGUAUAAUAAGAUUUUUUUCCACAGAUGGAUAGUCAGUGAAGCCAAACAAUAUCUGUUCAAAGCAAAAAGAAAAUGUGAUUCAAUACAAGUAGAAAUCAAGUUGCAAAUAUCUUCCCAUAAUUUGGUAGAGAAAGGGCAAGACCAAAAUAAAUGAAAAACAUCUUCAGAGUCUCCUUCACAGAAAGAGCAGUUGACAUCUAGGCCUAUAUGUUUUUUGAAUCGUUGUAAAAAGAAAUUCAGAGGGGUAAAAUCUGUGAAUUAGUUUAAAAGAUACUUCUUUUACUUUAUUAUUUAUCAUAUAUCUAGCAGGUAAGUUCCAAAUCUUUUUCUAGUCAAGGUUUUUAACAGUUGUUCCAAUAAGCUACCACUUCUGGAAGAGAAACAACUUUACAACCGUCCAUCACAACAAUAACAAGAGUCUCUUAUUUUGAAGUCAUCAGUGUCAUUCCGGAAGUGCAGGUCGGAAGGAAGUAGAAAAACAUAUCUUGUCUUUGUGAUGAGCGACGGGCAGGUUGAAAUCCAAACAGGUUCAGUCAGCGGCUCCGUUACCGACAUCGACGCGUGUUUCCGAGCCCGUCGGAGCUCCGUGACUCCCGUUAGGAGGUGUCUCAGCCCGCUGUGGUUUCCUCUCGAGCGGCGGGAUGGCCGUUUUAACCAGCAAAGCUCUUCACGAGCAGCUCUGUAUCAUCAUGGGCGCGCUGACCAAGGCGGCGGUGGCGGAGAUCUGCGAGGUGGUGGACGAAGGUUACGCGGUGCUGCAGAUGGAGAUCACCCGGAGCCACAAGGAGAACGAGGACCUGAAGAAGAAGCUGCACCUCAUCGAGUCCAUUGUGGUCCGGGGGAGCGGCGGGGGGAACGCGGCGGCACUGGAGUUCGCGGCGGCCGCGGAGGGCGCACAGCAGGCGGAAACACAGCAGCAGCAGCAGCAGCAGCACCGGGACGGUGAUGGAGGAGCCACCGCCGCGGCUCCCGGAGGAGAUGGAGGAGGUGCCGUGGUGGCGCGGGAGGAGCUUCCAGACGUGGUGUUGAUCAAAGAUGAAGACUCGGACAGUAACGACGCCUUUGAGGACGGUAACACAACACCUGCUGAUGGAGGGACGGCUGCAGCCAGGGAGGCCACCACCUCGACUCCCAUCAGCCGGAGUACGAAGAGACACUGGCCGGCAGGCGAGGAGGCCAACAGGAGGUCGUCCUCUGAGCCAAUUACACUGAAAACCACAGGGGCACAGAAGAAGAGCGUCACCGUCUACACUCUGGACUCUCCUCGCAGCGAGCCGGGCUGCUCCACCCAGCAUGGCGGUGAUGAGAUGGAGGCUGGCGACUCAGUUUGUUCCUACUCUGCACAGAUGGACGCGGACGUCCAGCUGGUCCACCAGGAGUCCUCACUGGUCCCUCCGAGUGCUAACAGACAAACGUAUUUUGGUAACAGCGCUCUGAUGGAGUCCCCCACAAACAGAGCAGAACUAGAUCUCAGCCUGACGUGGACCAAACAGUCGAAAAGUCAGAUGAGUUAUACUCAGUUUCACCAAAACGAAAACCUGGACAGUGAUGCUUUCGGGCUUAAGAUGAUCAGCGUCACAGGCUCGACCUCCACAGACUGCCAGCUGUCUGAAAGCAGCAACUCUGCAUUUGAGUACGACGAUGCCGACAUGAUGAACUACGGCCUCUACAGGGACCAAUCAGGGCGACCUCAGCUUAGUCAUGGGCAGCUGAGCGCCCGAGGGAAGCGCUUUGCAUGCGCCAUCUGCUCUAAGACAUACGCCACGUCUCAGAACCUGGACGUUCACAUGCGGAUUCACACGGGCGAGAGGCCGUUCAGCUGCAGCCAGUGCGGCAAGAAGUUCACCCAGUCGGCUCAUCUAAAGUCGCAUCUGAGCGUUCACUCCGGAGAGCGGCCGUACGCCUGCACGCUCUGCUCCAGGAGCUUCAUCGUCAAAUACAGUCUCAAGUUACACAUGAAGAAAUGCCAUCCCAACGUCUGAGUGAAUGAACGUGUGCAGGUCUCAUUCCAAAAUGUUCUGUUCUGUAAAUACACAGUUUUAAAAGGAAGAAAUGUUAUUUAACACUCACAAAUAAUAAGUUUUACAAAUGUGCAGAAGACACAUUGAGUUUCAAGGUUUUAGAUGAUUUAAAGUCUGUUCUCUUAAAGACUGAGUUUAACUUUGAGCUGCAAUAAUUAGUCUAUUAAACAGCUGACAAAAAACAAAUCAACUAGUUUGUUAACCGAAGUCAUUUUUAAAGCAUUUGAACAAAUAAUGUUUGUUGCUUCUCGAGUUUGACUUUCUUUUGUUAGCUUUAUAGUACACUGGAUAUCUGUAGGUGUCGCUCAGUUAAAAUGACAUUUGAGGACGUCACAUUGGGCUCAAAGAAAUGUUUCAAUUUUUAAUGCUGAAAAGACCAAAUAAUUAAUCGAGGAUAUAACUGGCAGAUUGGAGAAUCUUGUUAAUCAAAAUAAAAAUAACAGGUGCCUGAUUUUGGAAUGAAACUUUACUGAGCUCAGUCUCUGCUGUUAUAAAGUCUACAGGUGUAACAGUGUACAGGUACAAAAGGUUAAUAGUUGUGUAAAAAGCAAAAGCACCGUCUUAUAAGGUUUGUGUCAUUCUUUGUUAAUAAAACAAAUUUUAAAAGUG